GGAAGUGCCUACCACUCGUCAAAAAACUGCAAAACUGAGAGUCCUCACCACCGAGUAGAUAAAAAAGGUCCGGUGUUGCCCAUGUAUAAGAGUUACAUCCAUACAAGCACCCGCUUGCGCUAUUUUUUAUGUCCAUCUCCGAGAUGAAAUCUAUGUCCUUAUUGCUUCUCAAGCUACUCUUUCUUGGCCUUAGCUUCGUUGCCGGCGAUGACCACCAGUUUAGCUACUCCGGCUUUGCCAACAGAAACCUCACUAUCGACGGCACGGCAUCUGUCACGCCCAGCGGGCUACUUGAGCUUACAAAUGGCACGACCCUGGGCCAGGGCCACGCCUCCUACCCGACUCCGCUGCGCUUCCACAAUUCGUCCGAUGGGACCGUACAGUCCUUCUCAUUCUCGUUCGUCUUCGCCAUCAUCUCCCUCUACAACGACUUGAGCAGCAACGGCAUGACCAUGUUCAUUGCACCGAGCAAGAAUUUCUCUUCAGCGAUGCCGGUGCAGUACCUGGGUCUCCUUAACAGCCAGAACAACGGCAACCAGACAAACCACAUCUUCGCAGUCGAGCUCGACACCUUCAAGAACAUGGAGUUCCAGGACAUCAACGACAACCAUAUUGGUAUCGACAUCAAUGGUCUCCAGUCCAUACAAUCCCAUGAUGCUGGCUACUACGAUGACAAGAAUGGCACCUUCCAGGGACUGGGUCUCGAUAGCCAAGAGGCGAUGCAGGUAUGGGUGGACUAUAACAGAGAGAAGAUGCAGAUCAACGCCACCAUGGCUCCUCUCGGCAUGGCCAAACCUAAAACACCAACAGUAUCAGCCAACUACAACCUCUCCACUGUGCUCACAGAUGUGGCAUACAUCGGAUUCACAGCUGCAAUGGGAAAGAUAAACACGAGGCACUAUGUGCUUGGUUGGAGCUUUGGCAUGAAUGGUCCUGCCCCACCUAUCAAUGCCACCAUGCUGCCAAAACUGCCUCCUCGUCCUCAUCCCAAAGAACGCCGACGUCUCCGGGUAUUGGAGAUCACUUUACCACUAGCAACAGCAGCAUUCAUCCUAUCGGUGGCCAUUGUCGUUUCCCUACUUGUGCGGAGGCAUUUGAGGUACGCAGAGUUACAUGACGACUGGGAGGUCGAAUUCGGCCCACACCGGUUCUCGUAUAAGGAUUUGUUCCGUGCAACACAAGGAUUUGAUGACAAAAACCUCCUAGGAGCCGGAGGAUUCGGAAGAGUAUACAGAGGAGUGCUGCCAAGGAACAAAUUAAUGGUAGCUGUGAAGAGGGUGUCACAUGACUCCAGGCAAGGCAUGAAGGAAUUCAUUGCAGAAAUUGUUAGCAUUGGCCGCCUUCAGAAUCCAAAUCUUGUGCAGUUACUUGGAUACUGCAGGCGUCGCGGUGAGCUCCUGCUAGUGUAUGAGUACAUGCCCAAUGGAAGCCUUGAUAAGUACUUGUAUGGUGAAGUUGACAAGUCAACAUUAACAUGGGAUCAAAGGUUUCGGAUCAUCAGGGGCAUUGCAUCUGCGCUGAUUUAUCUCCACGAGGAGUGGGAGAAAGUAGUUGUCCACCGAGAUAUCAAAGCAAGCAAUGUGCUCCUUGAUGAUGAGUUAAAUGGAAGACUGGGUGAUUUCGGUUUAGCAAGGCUGUAUGAUCAUGGUGUUGAACAAGAAACUACUCGCGUUGUUGGCACCAUUGGUUACCUUGCUCCAGAGCUAGCACGCACAGGCAAGGCUACUCCUCUUACAGAUGUAUUUGCCUUUGGUACUUUUAUUCUUGAGGCCACUUGUGGACAAAGACCUAUAAUUCAAGGCACAGAAGAUACACAGCUCAUGUUGGUCGAUUGGGUGCUUGAGCAUGUGCAACAAGGAUCGCUUGCUGAUGCAAUAGACACAAGGCUUAAAGGGCACUACAAUGUUCAAGAGGCAUAUUUGGCACUGAAGCUUGGACUACUGUGCUCACACCCAUUUGCAUCUGCAAGGCCUAGCAUGCAGCAAGUGAUCCAAUACCUAGAUGGGCAUAUUGAACCACCUGAGCUCACAGCACACCAGAGCUUCCAAGCACUGGCCUUGAUGCAAAAUGAAGGGUUCGAUUCAUACAUCAUGUCAUAUCCUUCAUCAACUACUUUUGCGACAGUAUCAAGCAUUUCAGGAGGAAGAUGAUGACUCUGUUUGAUGAUGCUGAGAGUGGUUACUUAUCUACGAUGUACCUUGAAGAAUAUAUUACAUGGUUAAGGAGUCAUGGAUAUGAAAGCAUGUACUUUCUUAACUUCGAGAGCUGAAUUUGUUGCCUACUGAACAAGAUUGAUAGGUCUGGUAGAACGAUAAGUACAGAAAUAGUACCAUCUGAAUAAACAGUUUAUAAAAGGAGGUUUAGCCUCAAGUGCCGAGCUAUCAACUAUGUAAUAUAAAGAGUUUUGUUGUUUCUAUCUCUUCAUAAAAAUAUUGUGUGUUUGUU